AUGAUUCAACAAAUCAAAUUUUAACCGUUGUUGAAAACAAUGGUCAUAAUCAUCAUGAUUCAUCUGGUAUUGUUAUGACAAUGGAUGUUACACAACAACAACAACAACAACAGCAGCAGCAGCAACAACAACAACAACAACCUGUAGUAUCGAUACGAACCGAUUCACCGGAUAAUGAUUCAGCAUUUUCUGAUUCAAUAUCAUUAAUUUCAUCGGAACAAUCAUCAACGUCAUCUACAUCAUCUGGUGGCAGUAAAUCAUCAAUGAUAAAUCAACGAAAAACAAAUCCAAGUGGUCAUUCUAGUCAAUCAGUGAACAGUAGUAGCGGUUCAUCGUCUUGUUGUGAAGAGAUUCAUCAAACGAAUAUCGUUAUUGAUCAUCAUCAACCACUGAUGAAUCAUACGGUGAAAUCGAUGAAUGAAAAUCCUGAUAAAAGUCCAAUUCAUAAACAACCACAGCAACAGCAGCAGCAGCAAAUAUUUCUCGAACAAAAUGAUAAAACCAACAAUGGUGAUGAUGAUUCUACGUUUCUAACUGAUAAUGAUAAAGAUGAUGAUGUUGAAAGACGAUUUGAAUUGAUAACAAAAAUUAUAGAUGAUAUUAAUUGGCAAAUUGAAUCGAAUAUUGAGAAUAUUAAUGAUGAUGAUGAUAAUGGUGGUUGUAGGGAUGAUUCCAGCAAAACAGUUGAUGAUACAAUUAUCGAUAAUAAACAUGAACAGAAUGACAUUCAUAAUGAUAAAAUGGAUUUCGAUGAAAAGAUGCGUAAAGCGAUGGCUAAAAUUCAUGAAGCAAAUGUUCGUAAGCUAUAUUUAAAAGUAUUUGCUGAAGACGAUUCAUCCAAAUGUUUAUUGGCCGACGAACGGAUGACUGUUGGCAGAAUUUGUCAACAAAUGGCGCAGAAAAAUCACAUUUCAUUAGGAAUCAAUUAUUGUAUUAUUGAACAUAUGCCACAAUUAUAUCUAGAACGUUUCUAUGAAGACCAUGAAUCAUUGGUGGAAAAUGUACUAUAUUGGGGACGUGAUCACCAUGAUUUGAAUAAAUUAUAUUUCGUUCAACAAUCAGAUAAAUAUGAUCUGUUUAUUCAACCAGAAAAAUAUCUCAUAAGCGUUACGCAACCAAACGAAAAUGUUGAUACACUGAAAUCAGGUUCAUUACGUGCAAAAUAUAAUGCCAAUCAAUUACGCAGUGAUUUGAUUGGACAAUUUUUCAUCAAUAAUAAUAAUGUACGCGUGCCUGAAAUCGAAGGAAAUCUUUUUCUACGUAGUGAUGGAAAAAAAGUGUGGAAAAAAUAUUUCUUCUCAUUACGAUCAUCUGGUCUUUAUUAUUGCCCAAAAGGACGGCCAAAAUCGACGAAAGAUUUGAUUUGUUUGACAACAUUUGAAUUGAAUUGUGUUUAUUAUGGUUUCGGGUGGCGAAAAAAAUUCAAAGCCCCCAAUGAUUUUGGUUUCGCCAUUAAACAUCCACAAAUUCAAACUAAAUCACCGAAACAUAUAAAAUACCUGUGCGCUGAAUCACAAGAUGAUCUUAAACUAUGGAUGACUGGCAUUCGAAUCGCAAAAUAUGGACAUUAUUUAUUGGAAAAUUAUGAACAAUUUAAAAUGAUCAACAAUGAUGAUGAUGAUGAACUUUCUAACAACACUGUUGUUGAUGAUCAGAAUAACGCCAACCAUGCUAAUGAUGACACAGUUCAAGAUGGUCAUGCUAAUAUAAUGUUGAACAAAAAAAUAACAACUUUUCCAUUGAAUGAUUCAACAAAUGAUUUGCAACAAAAUAGUACAAAUUAUAAUUAUGUUGAAGAAUCAAACAUUGAUUAUGAUCGGAUUCAUCAUCAUAAUCAUCAUCGUUCCGGUUCAAUUACAAUGCGUGCUAAUCGUGUACCACGAAGUGAAUCAAUUCGUUCAUCAAGUGCAUCAUCUAGUUCAGGAUGCAUGUCGGAACAAAGUAGUAUUGUUUCAACACCAUCCACUGCCUCAUCAUCAUCAUCAUCAGGAUCUUCUGUUGCUACUACAACGGCAAAUGGACAUGAUCAUCAUCCGCAUCAUUUAAAUUAUCAUCACCUUCAACCUAAUCACAUGACUUCACCUCAUCAUCAUAUUCAUCAUCAUCAUCACCAUCAUUUACAGCAACCUGUAACAUCGAAUAAUGCAUUUGAUGCGGAUUUUCCAAUUGGUACAAUUAAACGGAAACCAAAUGUUAUGAUACAACCAAAAAUACCAUUAACAAAUACUACACGUAAUUUAGCAUUACAAUCAGAUGAUGCUUUAUUAGAAGUUAGCGGUAGUAGUGGUGCUGGAGUGGAUGAUGUAAUUUCCAGCACUAAUGGUUGUGAUGUCGAUGAUGUGCAAAAUUCAAUCAACAACAACAAUCGUCAACCAGUGGAACAAUUUCAACGUGGAACAUUUAAAUCGGGAACACUUCGUCGAUCAACCACUGCCACAGCCAGUGAUGAAACGCAAAGAAAUAAAACAAAAUUGGCCUUAGUAUCGCCUCAACAUCAUCCACAAAUUUAUAAUCAACAAACUGGAGUUAUCGAUUCAAUUACCAAUAAUCAUCAUUCGGAUGAUGAUCUUCCGCCACCACCACCACCGCCUCCUUUAAAAGAAGCGGAAAGUACAUUAUCUUUAAAUGCUUCGUUUCCACCACCACCAUCAUCACCUGAAAUGUCUGAAAUAUCACAACAACAACAACAAUCACCGGAUUCCAUACCAAAAUCCGUGUCGCCUAUCCAAUCUAAACAACCGAUAAAACCGCCAUCAAUGGCAUCAUUGCCAUUACCACCAAUGACACCACAACCUCAAAUGAAAACACGUCUAGCUCGUCGGUUAUCUGAUUUGUCGGAAAAUUCUACAUAUUUUAUGAAUUUUCGUGGAAAUUAUAAUGAUGUUGUUGGCAAUAAUAAUUAUUCAGUAAACUUUCCACAGAAUCGAAUUUAUGCACCAAAUUCUAGAGCUAGUUUUGCAUCAUCAUCUGAUAGUACUAGUUUUGUUACAUUGAAAUCUAAUUUUCUAAAUAACAAUAAUCGAAGACAAUUUCAACGUCAUAAUUCAGUUGAUUAUAAUCAGCAUCAACAUUCAGCAUGGGAUAAAUAUGGAACAUCGCCACGUAUUCGGCCAAUUGAUACAAUGAUGAUGAAUGGAAAUAUUAUGAAUGAACAAUUUUAUCAACAAAAACCAAUCACCACCACCACCACCACAACUCAAAAUUAUAUGGCUUUUAAUCCAUCUAAUCAUCCCAUUGUUGUUGGUAAUUCUCAUUGUUCUAUCAUUCCAGAUACUGGAAUUUCUACUAAUAAUAAACUUACUGAAUAUGAUAUACCACCAGCAAGAGUGAAAAUUUACAAUAAUUCACAACAACAACCGCCACCACCACCACAAAUUGUUCCACCACCACCACACACACACAACAACAACAACAUGAAUUAUGCAAGUUUUACACCAACAAAUUCACCUUGUCAUCAAGCCAUUAAUAGGCCAGCAGUAAUGAAACAAGAAAAUCAUUACAUGUCCAUUUCCCCACAUUUAUUACAAAAACAUCAACAAAUGAUACAACGUCAUCAGCAGCAGCAGCAGCAACAACAACCACCUGUAAAUUAUUGUCCGAGCAAUACAAUUUAUGCUGGCAACAACAACAGCAACUACAAUGACAAUAACGUACCAUAUCAUUUACCGGAAGAUUUAUUUCUUAAAAAUAUGGAACGUGUAAUGCAAAAAAAAUGGCAUGUAGCACAAAUGUUACAACAGGAUCAAACAGCUACACCUGGUCAAGUUCUAGGAUUUCGUGAUUCAGCGUAUUUGCCGCCACCACCACCACCACCAACAGAUAAUUCAUAUCCAAAUAUAAUACCGCCACCACCACCAUCAUCAAACCAUCAUUAUAAUCAAUCUUAUAAUCAUCAUCAUCAACAGCAACAACAAUAUAGUUUGGCCACGGCUAAUCAUUAUCAUCCAUUACCAUAUCAUCAUCAAAUGGCUAAUAAUCAACCGAAAUCGGUACAAUUUUCCGACAAUGGUCCCAUUAUCAUGAAUAUGGAAAACAUUUCCUCCGCAUCAUCAACAACAACAACGCCAAUGACAUCGCCAAUACAUCAUCAACCGAAUUAUAAUAUGACAGCGGUUGGAGGCCAAAAUCAUCAGAUGAUCGGAAGAUCAAAAAUACCGCCACCACCACCAAAACGAAGUGAAAGUACACAGCUUACUGUUGUUACAACUUGUCCUAGUCGACGAUAAAUUAAUUAAUGAUUCUUUCGC